UAACCAAAAUCUUUUUCGAGGAUCGAAACCUUCGGAACUUCUUUAAAGACACGAGAAUGGAAACACAAUAUAUAUAUAUAAAAGGAAGCAGUAGCCAAUGUUUCCUCUGUCGCUCUCCUGAGAUUUGCAGCUCGACAUUGUUCGUCGUCUCCUUCAGUCCUCGCUCUCUCUUUCAUCUUCUUCAGCUCCGUUUUUGAGUUAGUUUUGAGAAAGCUAAUGGCUGAUCCUUGCAGACAAGAACUUCAGAGUAUCGUGCAGUCCAUGUACGUUGAGGGAAUUUUGGACCUCCAAUUUGCUCAGCUUCAAGCAUUGCAAGAUGCAAGCAAUCCUUCCUUUGUCACGGACGUAAUCAAGUUGUUCUGCCAGGACACUGUAAAGAUCAUAGAUGAACUCAAGAAUUAUCUGAGUGAACGUGUGGUUGAUUUCCAAGGGAUGGAGUCAUAUAUUCACCAGCUCAAAGGGAGCAGCUCAAGUAUUGGGGCUCAGCUCGUCAAGAACGCCUGCAAUGAAUUCCACCAGGCUUGUGAUGCCAAUUACAGGGAGGGGUGCAUCUGGGCUCUAAACAAGAUGAAAAAUGAAUACCACCGCUUGGAAGAUAAAUUCCAAAAGAUUAUUCAGCUGGAGGAAAAGAUAUUUUCCUAUGGUGUUCGAUGGCCUUAGUGUCUAGAUUGGUGUUCCUUUGCAGCAUGCUAUUGUUUGUCAAUGAAGUGCUAGUGAAGCUGGUCUCUGGCUGUUUCUCUAUGGUUACAUAAUCAAUUUCUAACUGAUCUAGUAAUGGUCUCAGAGGGGUGUUAGAUGGCAUGUUACUUAGAAGUUCUGUCUAAGAAGUGUACAUAUUUUUGGUAGACUUAUUGGCAUAUGAAACAAUGAUCAGCUUGUUUUGCCAAGUUGAUUUGAUUUUGAAUGUUUGUUUUGGGUUCUUGGCUGAAAAUUGAGUCAAUUGAAUGAUGACAUUAUUUUAUAGAAUUCUUAGAUCGUCUGCCAUUAUUGCUCUUAUUGUCCAGAUGAAUGUAACGACGUGUUAUAAUCAA